AUGGACAGCGUUUUCAACUUUAUCCCGCUUUGGACGCAGGAUGAGUGUAUUGCGGACUCAAAAUUGGCUAUCGACUCAAUAAGAAGCAAAGUUUUACGACUGUGUUUGGAAAGGAACAGGAGCAGGGAAGAGAGGUCCCCAUGCCUUGGGGAUGUAUUGCACGAUGUUGUUUACGCCAUUGAAAGCCUGCUUUGGAACCCGCAAGAUGAAAACGACAUCAUUGAUCGAAUAGUUGCGUUCGGCGCAGAGCAGAAAACCGACCCCGUUCUGAUGGUCAAAGAAGCGAUCGCUCUCUGGUACAUUAGCGCAGUGCCAAUUUCUACCCGAGAUCCUCACCAGGGUUUACCACCUGAUGCAGAGAUAGAGGUAGAGGCCGGCGCGACAAUAUUGAGAUGGAACAGACAAUAUGCAGCUAGCAAGCACGAAAUUGCCAACCUCGGCCUCAUGGCAAUGCUGACGACAUCUGAGACAUGGUCACGUCCGGAAAGCCCAAGCCUCCAGUUCGGAACUUUAGUUGCAAACGCCGCCACUGCAAUUUUGUUUGGAGCUUUCAUGAUUUUCCCGAAAAUAAAGAUCAGCGAGCCCUUGAGUUUACUGGUAUCGGUUCUCAAAGACAACGAGGCGAUGCAAUUGUAUUUGAGAACCACCUGGCAAUUGGCUCGAGAGGGUGCGUCAAAGUACACCAACUCUCCGUCUGCUGAGUUUGGAGCAACUGCCUCUGAGGUCAAGAUCGAUCACGCAGGAAGGCGAUUGUUGUGCAAAGUUGGACAAGAGAGUUGGUCUGAGGCGUCUGUCUGGCAUCCCUGUCGAAAAACACCUGGCUCCGCCUGGAAUAAAUUUAUGAAGAAUACGCAGCAACCAUACUUCCCCCUCAAGAAAACCAGGACGGCUCUUCAAUAUCGACUUCCAAGCUCUUGUCUCUCCCUAGCGGAGCCAUGGGAAAUAUAUUAUUCUGAACUGCGCUCUAAAUUUGAUCAGGCACACCGACAGAGAAUCACCCUUUCUAAUAGUGAGAGGGCAGCGCAAUUCUCGAAACUAGCAGAUGAAACUUGCUUGCCAUAUCCAAUGAAAGAGCACUCAGAGAAUUCCGCAGAAGCCAUCGUCGAAAUGGAGCAGGAAUAUCUGUACAAUGUUCCAAUGAUCAAAAAGAACAUCAAUGAUCUAAGAGGAAAUUUGUCGCUUCCCUUCAUUACAAGCACAGCACAGGCACUCAGAUUUGAAAGCGAACCAGACGAGGUGGAGGCGGAUCUAUUUCUGAUGACUUUUAGCGAGGGUAUACCAAGCUAA